CUUCUUGAUGUCAAAAAAAAACAUUUUUUUUCAUUGUCUGACAAUCUGCUCGUUCUAGGCUCGAUGACACGCACCACUUGCAAAUGUAUUUUCGCCUCUGUUCUUCUAUAGAAUCAUGUGGUUAGGUCAUGGCUACACACGGACGAAAAAACGCAGACUUUGGUCUCUUUCCGUUUAAGCGCUAUUCGAGAAACAUCUUCAUUUGUCACUGCUGUCCAACCGUAGGAUGUUCCAGUACCAGAAUUACCGUUCACUAAUACAGAUGAUUGACUAGCCGCCUUGAACGAUUAUUUGUAGGGCCUUAAAUGUUCAAAACUCAUUAUCAUCUCGAUUUGCAAAUCACCCUAAAAAGCCUGUUGUAAUCGCCGAAAUUUUUCUACUAGGCGAGUCCAAAAUAUUGUUUUUGUUCUCGGAUUUUCCACAUGCGGGAGUUUAUUUAGAAGGUAUGGCGAAUUCUAAUGUAUAAGUAAAAGGAUUCAUGAUAAACAUUCUCCUAGUGCUUGGAGUUGUAUACUACCUGCUGCUUUCCUCGCUGGAUUCGAAAUUAUUUGCUGCUGACAAAUAUUUCGAAUAUUGCUCUUUUUCCAGGAAUUGCAUUCAUACUUCUUCAACUAGGUCUUCUGAAAGUUGUUGACAAUUUUGUUAAAGUCUCUGUGCAUAAUGCUUUAUCAAAGUCCACACUCUCUCAACAGCACUAAAAUUCCACGAUUAGUCUGAUUAGAAGAUUAGAAAAAAUGUUUUCUUAAGCAAAUAGGCAGGAAUAACUUAUACAGUUUUCUUAAAUCAUCUAUGGUACCCAACAUGUUUUACUUUAGAUUUAACGGGAUCAAUGUUGCCGUCAUCGACACCCAUAUGUAGUGUACAACAAACGAUAUUAUUACAUCUAUUUAAUCCCACGGUUCAACCCACUGAGUUUUCCUUUACUUAUACAGCCACAUCACAAUUGACAACAUUUUCAUUUGCAAAUCGAGAUGAUAAUGGGUUUUGGACAUUUAAGGCCCUACAAAUAAUCGUUCAAGGCGGCUAG